CGAGGAGUGCAAUCCGCCCAUCCUAUAACCACCCAAUGAAAUAAUUACAGUGGCCCGUCACUAGGCAGUAUAACGUGUGGCUGGCCAAUUAUCUUUUUCUUGGCCUAGAAGGGCGCAGGGAGCUGAAGGUAACCGAGUGGCAGCGAUCGAGUCCCGGGGAAAUCUGUCACGGAGUCACCGUGAAAAAGAUCAACAGCCACAACAUGCCGAAUAAAGCUAAAAAGGAAAAGGAACCAACCAAAUCUGCCAAAAGCAGCACUAAAAACAGUAAUGCCACUAGUGGGAAAGAAACAGGAACUGAAAAUGCAGAUGAGGCGGCGCAGCAGCAGACUGCCAGCAAGCGUCCCAGCAAUAGCACCCCACCACCCACUCAGCUCAACAAGAUCAAGUACUCUAGCGGUCCCCAGAUCGUCAAGAAGGAGCGUCGCCAGAGUUCGUCACGAUUCAACCUCGCCAAGAACCGCGAGCUGCAGAAACUUCCUGCCCUCAAAGAUGCACCUCUUAUCGACCGGGAAGAGCUGUUUGUGCAGAAGCUGCGCCAGUGCUGCGUACUCUUUGACUUUGUCACGGACCCCCUAAGCGACCUGAAGUACAAGGAGGUGAAGCGUGCCGGUCUGAAUGAGAUGGUGGAGUACAUCACGCACAACCGCGAAGUGGUCACCGAGUCCAUCUAUCCCGAGGGUGUCAUCAUGUUUUCAAUCAACCUGUUCAGGACCCUACCACCAUCGUCCAACCCCACGGGGGCUGAGUUUGACCCAGAAGAGGACGAGCCCACACUGGAGGCUGCUUGGCCACACCUACAGCUGGUGUAUGAAUUCUUCUUACGGUUCCUGGAGUCCCCUGAUUUCCAGCCUAAUGUCGCCAAAAAAUACAUUGACCAAAAGUUUGUACUGUCUCUACUGGAGCUGUUUGACAGUGAAGACCCCAGGGAGCGGGACUUCCUGAAGACCAUCCUCCACAGGAUCUACGGCAAGUUCCUGGGUCUCCGGGCCUACAUCCGCAGACAGAUCAACAACAUAUUCUACAGGUUUAUAUAUGAAACCGAGCAUCACAAUGGAAUCGCCGAGCUCUUAGAAAUCUUAGGAAGCAUAAUCAACGGCUUUGCCCUGCCAUUGAAAGAGGAGCACAAAAUGUUCUUGAUUCGAGUGCUGCUGCCGCUUCACAAAGUGAAGUCACUCAGCGUCUACCACCCACAGCUGGCGUAUUGCGUCGUGCAGUUCUUGGAAAAGGACAGCAGUCUAACUGAACCAGUGAUCAUGGGCUUGCUGAAGUUCUGGCCGAAGACCCACAGUCCCAAAGAGGUGAUGUUCCUCAACGAGCUGGAGGAGAUCCUGGACGUCAUCGAGCCGUCUGAGUUCGUCAAGGUCAUGGAGCCGCUGUUCAGACAGCUGGCCAAGUGUGUUUCCAGUCCACACUUCCAGGUGGCAGAGAGGGCGCUGUACUACUGGAACAACGAGUACAUCAUGAGUCUGAUCAGUGACAAUGCCGCCAAGAUCCUCCCCAUCAUGUUCCCUGCUCUCUACAAGAACUCCAAGAGCCACUGGAACAAGACGAUCCAUGGGCUGAUCUACAACGCCCUGAAGCUCUUCAUGGAGAUGAACCAGAAGCUGUUUGAUGACUGCACCCAGCAGUACAAGGCUGAGAAACAGAAAGAGAAGUACAAGCUGAAGGAGCGUGAGGAGGUCUGGCACAAGAUCGAGGAGCUGGCCAAGCAUAACCCUCAGGUUACCAAACUCCGACCUGGUCUCCACCCACAAGAAGAGUACAUGAUGUACAAUGAGAGUCCGGGAGGGGUGCCCUUGUACUCCAUGGAGACGGAGACGCCCACUGCUGAGGACAUUCAGCUGCUGAAGAAGACUGUCGAGACAGAGGCCACACAGGUACAACUACCAGCACACGUCGAGGGGAUGAAGGACAUCAAGAAAGACAAGGUGUUGAUGCGGCGGAAGUCGGAGCUGCCGCAGGACGUGUACACUAUAAAAGCCCUGGAGCAACACAAGCGAGCAGAGGAGUACCUGACGGCCAACGAGGAGGCCCUCUGACCAGGGAGCAGUGGCACCCUCCAUGCCUAACUCCCCCACAACCCCACCUGCUGUCCGUCUCUCGUCCAAACAGUCGCCUACUGUACACCUGACAGCCCCCUCUUCGCCUCCGCUUCUCCUCCCCCUCCACCCUUCCAUCUCUGCCGGAGAGCCCCAUCUGCAGAAAACCAGGGCCAUCAGAGUUAGACGACAACACACACGCCUAUACGCACACAUAGGAACAUACAGAUCUACACACAGACGUACAAAUUGUUCCAACUUCCAAAUACUCACGUAUACUUGACUACAGUGGGCCGAUUUGUUAGGUUGCACGAGGACAACCAUUAUACAACAGUAGUAUUAAGUGUAAGCAUCCGUGACGCAUGUUUCUUUGUUUUGUUUCUGUUUCCUUUCUGAUUGGUUUUGGUUGCCCUCUUACUGUGAUCUGCUGUGCUGAAAGGGAACGACCAAAGCAUUACCUAUAGAGGGCAGUCGAGUGAGUGGUGGUCCCGCUAGCUUGUCUGGAGUGAGGGGGUGUGGGUUAUCUGAUUGGUUUGGUGGGUAAUAGGGCCAUGCUCUAGUCUAGCUGGAUGUCUGGAUGAAGUACUGGUUCUGCUCUGUUAAAAAAAAAAUAUAUAUAUACCUAGCUCUCAGUUCAUGUCCAGGCAGCAUAGUACAUUUUGGGGAAGCGAAGUCUGGGACACAAAGCUUACAAGGCAAAGCAAUGACAUGAGAGGACUAGGAAUCAAGAUGGCUGCCUUUAUCUUAAUGUAAUUACUGUAUCUCAGUCUCUUCCAUGAACCAGUUUUUCUCACUCUUUAGUACUGUAGUUGUAGCUUCAUGAAGUCACCUCUUUGCGUCAUUAAAUCAUGGCCUUACAGCAUCCUGUUGAAUUACAUUCUCCCUGUUGAUUAGUCGUAAGCUUGAUUGUAAGCCUAGAUAAUUGGUGUAUGCAGGGCAGUCAGUCCGGGGCUCUAAUUUACUGUUGAGUGUUAGAAUAGUAGAAUACACAAGGUGCAAUUGGGAUAUUUGGUUGUGCAUCAGCCGUUUUCCGCUUAUGUCAGUCACUGACAGUCACUCAAUUAGCCCAUGUCCGCUAACAUGUUUUAGAAUUGUAAGUUAGUCUACCCAGCUAUCUAAACUUGUAGUAAUCAUGGCCAAAUUACAGACCAGGCAUGAAGGGCACUUGCCUAGGGGGCCUGACCUCCAGGGGGCCCCCCUAACUAUAGAUAUCAUAUUAACAUGGCAAAAUGUGUAGAAUUGCAGGAAAUUAGCUGUAAAAUUGCACAUUUCUCUCUUCCCCAUGGCAAAAAGAGUGAAAUGAGUUAUACUAUUGUUUUGCCCGCAAGGUGCACCCCCCCGCCCCCCUAACAAAAUCUCGCCUAGUUUCCGCCGAAGGGCUAGGGCUGGCCCUCGGCAUAUGUCAGAAUCAAUGAGAAACCAAUCACAAUCAUCUUCUUGCUCUAAGAAGUGUUUUUUGUUUUGGUCGGUUUUUGAGACUUGUUCACAGAACUGAUAUGGCUUUUCAUAUGUUAAUUCCUAGCCGGCCGGUCCACUAUAAUGCACUUGAAGAUACAAAACAAGGAUAUAUUAGCUAUUGUCCAUACAAGAGAAUAAGUUUUGAACAAAUGUCUAAACUUGUAAUAGAGCUCCCGUUGAGAAAUGUGUAUUGUAUUUUUAUAACUGGAGGUGUAGCUCAAAAACAAAUCGUGUCGCUGUGUCAAAAAGAAACCUCAGAAAAUAAUUUGGUUAAGUCAAAUCAAGCUUUAUUUGCCACAUGCGCCGAAUACAACAAGUGUAGAAUUUACCGUGAAAUGCUUACUUACAAGCCCUUAACAAACAGUGCAGUUCAAGAAGAAGAAAAUGUUUACGAAGUAGGCUAAAAUCAAAAGUAACACAAUAAGAUAGGAUGUCAGGGUAAUGUUGUCCUCAAGUUGUUGGUCUUUAGGAAAGGCAACCAUAAGCUGCUGUAGUGUCCGUCCAUCCUCUUCUCAGUUUUCUUACAGAUAACCUUCUCACUCUGCUCUGUCCAGACUCUGACUGUCAUGAUUGUUAUCCAUUCCUUCCUUCAUAAUUAUAUUGUGUUUAUUAAUGUUUCUGUCCCAACGGGUAACAUCCCCUCUGCCUCUAGUUAUUCCUCUGUAGCCAUCUUCUGGCCUUUCUAUCUUAUGUGUUUGUGGAUUUAUGUUUCUUAUUGAUGAAAAUGCACCUCUGUUGAGGUAGCCUCAUUGCGGAAAGGAAAGUGUUAUUUCGGUUCAAGUGUAGGGAAUCUCUACAAAAUAUCCUAUUCCCCUUUCUCCUCUAAACCGGCUUGAUUCAAUAGGUCUCUUUCCUAGCCUAAGCAAUAUUUUUAGUUGAAACGAUCUCGUGCACUUGAAUGGUGUAUGGAAGUGCGCAAAACAAUCCUCCUCAUAGGACUAUCUACAGAUCAAAACAAUUAUAAUUGCUUUACUAGCACAUAUGGGGAAAAAGGAAAGGCUGCAGUUACUGUUGCAAAUGUGUACUGUAUAUUGUAAUGUAUAUUGCUUAGGGUUGCACCCCUACCACCCCCUUGUCCUGUAGGUUUAUCCCACUUAUCGCUUUACCACUCACCCCCCCUUACUCCUCCUCCCUCCUUUUGUUUCUGGUUUGUCUUCUUCUACUUGCUGCGUGAGGUCAUUUCUUUGUCGUAUGGUCUCGUCUAUUGAGUUGUCUGUCAAUCACUCCCAACAGUGGGGGAUUACUCACUCCUAAGGCUGCUGGGCAAAUUGAGUCGUCAUCUCACACAUGCUUAGUUAGAGGCUGGCUGCCAAAGAGUUCCCUCCCUCAACAUGACCUUACAGUACUAAUGUUAGAGCAGUCUAAAUCCAAGCUAUUUGGAGCUGCUUUUUAUAUAAUCUUGAGUUGGAUUCCUAACAUGUUUAUCCUUACGCAUAAAAAUAUACUUUUUUUGUAAUCACAGUAGCGAUAACCUCUACAUUCUCCCUCGGUGGAACAAAAAUCUCAUCAGCUCAGAUUGGAUUUGCCAUGUCUUGUCUACACCGAAGACCUAUGCUCUAAAUUGUCUUCUGGUGAGGUUUGAAAAUGUUACCUGUGCAUGAGACAUUUGUAUUUAUAAGCAGUAUAUCAAUAAGUCGCAAUAUAGUUUUAAAUAUUCAUUCUUAAUAGAAAUAAUGUAUUACUGUUCUCUCACAUGACUGAGCAAGGCACAUGCAUUCCUAUUGGCCAUGCUUCCAAAAAGUAGCUGUUGAGACAUUCCAGACUACAAGAGAUAGGUAGCAUUGUACCAGGGCACUACAAUGCCAUGGCUGGGUGUUGACAUGAAACGGCUCAGUUUGUCCAGCAGCCACACACAAACUGAAGAGGACUUUUUAAACAUAGGGUCUCUCUCCACACCACUCCCUCCUUCCCCCCCCCUCCUGCCCAGGUCUGACACUAAUCUUAAGCUGCUUUCCAGGUCAUAUGUACAUAUGUUGUACUUUAAUUAGGUAGAGCAUUACAUAGUAUGAAAGUCAUAUUUUGUACAGAUGUUCAUGAAUGUACAGAACAAAAUAAAGUCAAAAAUAGUGGACAUCCAUUGAG